GUUGACACCCUCCUCACUGAUCCUUCCACCUCCUGUCACACCAGCAAGAAAUGUUUUGCUAUUUUCUGACAAAGUAACUCUGCUUUAUCAUACCAGAUACUAUUCAGUGCCACGUUAGAGUAGAGUUAGAGUUCGUGAUCGCUGACCUAUUUUCGUCGUAUCACCAAUUCGUCAGAUUAUGAAAUGUUCCAGUGCCUUUUCCCUGGAAGUGCAGUCUACCAGGGAAAAACCCUGCCGUUUCUCGUCAGCUGUUGAAGAAAUUCCACUGAACAGACAGUAGGUGUGUCCCGAGGUUGACACAGCAUAUGUAGACGGGACACUUCCGUGUUUAACAUCACUUCUGGGACGCCUCAACUUGUAAGACAGGUAGGUGCCUGAUACGUUUUCUAUGAUACUGAGAUUUGGUUAAAUAUGUCAGUGAUUGCAGGCUACCCUAUAACACAUAAUAAUCACAGCUUUCAGGGGGCAGUUGGUAGAGUUGCCCAAACACAAACGCAAAUCUUUAUCCUCAAGGCUAUGAAUUCGUAUAGUGGGAACUCCUCCUGAUAGUGAUCAGUACAAGCAGAGUGUAAAAUUAAAGAAGGUAAAAUGUGGUGAAAUAAGCCCCUGACUUACAUGACCUCUACACCUGAUAAAUAUGAGUUCGAGGGUAAGAGGGCAAGUGCAUAAACACUCCUCCCUCCUUCCUCUGCACAAGCCUGAUGCAUUUUACAGAUUUUGCUUUCAUGUCAUUAUUACACUGACAUUUACUGGCUGUAAAAACACAUCAACAUCAAACAUAGUUUGAAGGUGUUCAUGGACACAAAGGAAGUGAAACUUUUUGAUCCUACGCUUUACAUUGUGACAUUGUGAAUAGUAUAGUUCAUCAUUAAUAAAGGGUACUACACUUGAAUGUAUUUUAAAACUUAAUGACAGGAUUAUUUGGUUAAGAUUUGGAGUGUGUACAGUGUUCGCUGCACUGUAAUUUGUCAGCGCAGUAUCACCCCCAAACUGAUUUCCCCCAUUCUCUUCUUGACAGCAGUUACUUCCUUGUCUGUGUGACCUAUACACAAGAAUCAUGGUUUACCGUUGUGGUCUGCUCACUGCACAAAAGGAACCAGGUAGAUAACUUCACAAUACUUUUUUUAAAUUAUUAUUUUAACCAAUACAGAAUCUUUGUUUCCUUUCUUUCAUUCAAACCUCAAAGAUACACAGCAGCCUGACUUGUUGACCUGACCUUUCAAUAGUAAAAUUAAUUUUAUCUUUCGUUACUUUAAACAGAUUGAAAUGAUAAUUUCAAAAAAAUGAUGUAAAACUAGUAUUUUCUGUUUUUGUUUUAUUUUCUUCCUUGGUCAGUUCCUUUGAAGAGUGUGGAGGUGCAGCUGGAGGUGAGGGACCAUGUGGCUACUGUGGUCUCCACUCUGAAUUACGAGAACAAAGAGGACAAACCAUUGGAGGCUGUUUUUGUCUUCCCUCUGCCUGGAGAUGCUGCCGUCUGUCAUUUUAGCGCGACGGUCGGGCAGACGCAGAUUGUUGCAGAGGUCAAGGAGAAACAGAAGGUGAGCAACACAGUGAAGAUUGACUACUUAUUGCAAAACUAUCAGUACAAUACUGUGAAAAUGGAGGUGACCCAUGUAAUCUCUACUCUAGGCACGUGAGGACUACGACGAUGCUUUAAGCUCUGGUCAGCAAGCCUUUCUGUUGGAGGAGAGUGAGCAAAGUCCAGAUAUAUUCUCUCUGAGUGUAGGCAGUCUUCCACCUGGAGAGAGUGCCUCAAUCAGGCUGGAGUAUGUCAUUGAGCUGAAUGUGCAGGCUGAUUCUGGACUCAGGUUUUGUCUGCCUGCUGUGCUCAACCCUCGCUAUCAACCUCAGGGUAGGAAAACCAGCAAAAACACUUGCCAGGAACUUUUAAACUGCAUUUAUAUUGGUGGAUUGGCCUUGGUCCUUUCUCUUAGUGCUUGCAAAAAUCAAAUCUUUGAAACGUGAAACUCUGCAAAUUAAGAGAAAAGGUGGUGGACAACUUCAAGCAUGCCCUGUUAAUGACAGUUAUACUUAGGUGUGUAUAAAUACAAUAGAAGUCUGACAUUAAAAACAGGGAUAUGCCGCUAAUUUGCUGCUAACUAGAUAGCCUCAAUGAUGAAUAAGGUUAAGACUUGUAUUUUUAACUUAAACAUCUGUCACUCCUCCGAAGGAAGUAGAGAUGGUGGAAGUGGCAACAUCCAAGUAACCUCGUGUCCAUCCUCCUUGGUGCCCUACACUCUGUCCUUCUCUGCCCAAGUGUCCUCUCCCCGUCCUGUGUCCAGAAUAGAGUCCAACUGUUCCCUUGAUCCUCUGCAGUACCUCAACUCAGAGCAAACCAAAGCCACGGUGGGUAGAAUAUUCAUGUGUCUGCUGAUGUUGUUGUCUUCACCGGUAACACUAUGUGUCAUUCAUGUUCAUGUUUGUGUGUCCUGUAAACUCUAGAUUAAGCUGGCUGCAGGGCACAAAUUUGACAGAGAUGUUGAACUUCUGAUUUAUUACAAAGAUGCCCACCAGCCCACUGCAGUGGUGGAGGCAGGCCAGGCUUCUGCCGGGCUUGGUGAGUAGAGAUUUGUGAAGUCCCUAUUUUGCAUUUUUAAAUCUUAAAAGGAUAUUCCGGCAUAAAAUUAAUGUAGGGUCAAACACACCAUAACAUCGAGUUAGACAACCCCCCGAGAGAUGACUUGACAACUGCUUGCUUCUCUAGUUAUACCAACUUAAGUAACGACCGCAUGAUAGCAAUACACAGUGAUCUGAGGAGCCAUAAACAAACCUCAACCAAAACGCCACUCUAUAACCACAAAUAAUGCUCAGAACAGCACCUAACUUCAUCAACAGUACAUAUAGGGUCUUAACCACAGCACUAGCCACCAAACAUCUUUUUAGCUUUGCCUGAUUUCUUUAGAAAAGAGACUAAACACAACUCACCUACUCUCUUCCAGCAGUCGCUUGUUUGUAGCGAGACCUCAGGCCAGUCCAUCAUGGACUACUGCGGGGUGACACAGCUCAAGGACGAACAUUUAUGAUCAUUUCUUUGAAGAAAUAAUCACCAGUUCUUCUGCCUUAGUGUCUCGGUCUGAUUGCAUUUCCAUGAAGAAAUGAUUGGUAUAACUAAAGAAGCAAGCGCUCGACAACAUUCAUCUCUCGAAGGGGUGUCUAACUCAGUGUGAGUGUGUGUUUGGCCCUAAAUUAAUUUUACGUCGGAAUAUCCCUUCAACAGCCUCACCGUCCAGCAGAUAAAUCACAUACUUUAACAAAGAGCAAAGCUAAGAUUGGAUGUCUUUGUGGCUCAGGUACUCUGAUGGGUGAUCCAGUGGUGAUGCUGAGUCUGUACCCAGAGUUCCCUGAGGCUGUGAUGUCCUCAGUUGCCACAUGUGGAGAGUUUGUGUUCUUGUUGGAUCGAUCUGGCAGUAUGGAUGCACCUGUGAACCACACCAAUAGAAAUGAGACUCGCAUUAGUAGCGCCAGGGUAUGAAUGAAUAUAUUCUUAUAUAAAACCAUCAGGAAUUUCCUUCUCAUGUAGCAGCUUUCAUAAUUUUUUUUUUUCCUUGAAGGAUACCCUUCUGCUCCUGCUGAAGAGCUUACCAAUGGGCUGCUAUUUUAACAUUUACAGUUUUGGCUCCAGUUUUGAAUCCAUCUUCCCGUAAGUCACUCAUCAAAGACAGUUCAGUUAAUUUGUUCCUGAAUUUGUUGUCAAUUUCUGUCACAUAUUGAUGUAAUCAUAGUAAGAGUGUGGAGUACAGCCAGGGGACAAUGGAAGAAGCUUUGAAGAAAGUUGGGGAGAUGGAGGCUAAUCUGGGAGGAACAGAGAUCCUAAAGCCACUUGAACACAUCUUCAGCCAGCCCUGCAUUCCCAGUCAACCUAGACAAGUAACACACACAUUCACACAAAACAUGUGAAACAGGUCAAACAUCUACUGUCAGGAAUUAAACCCAAACAAUCAAUCAAUCAACAAUAAAAAGGAUCUGUCAUGUCUGUUUUUUUAAAGUAACUGGUUUUGUAAGUUUAUUCUCACCACACCUGUUUUUUUUAAACUUGGCAUUAAAAACCACUUUUGUGACUGUUGUAUCUGCACAGCUCUGAGAAAAUGAUUUCAAUAAUUUAAACAGAUGCUGCAUGUCUCAGAUUGUGAUACCUUUGGAUAACAUGAAAACUCUCUCUUCCCUAGCUAUUUGUGUUUACUGACGGAGAGGUGGGGAACACCAAACAAGUUAUUGACCUGGUAAAGAAGAAUUCACAUGCCCACAGGUGAACAGCCAAAAGUCAACACCCAGAUUAUUUCACACAACAUAUCCAAUGAUCUCCCACUGCCUGUGGUAAAAGUAAAACUGCUGUAUUUCAGAUGUUUCUCUUUUGGGAUUGGAGAAGGGGCCAGCUCUGCUCUCAUCAAUGGGUUGGCCAAGGAAGGAGGAGGUCAUGCUCAGUUCAUUUCAGGCAGUGACAGGAUGCAACCAAAAGUCAGUUAGACAUUAAUCACAAACAGUCUGUCAUGUUAAACAAUACUUUGGUUUAUGAUGGAUGAGGAAGGUAAAUCUUCUAAACGAGAUUUUUCUUCACCAGGUGAUGCAGUCACUGCGGUAUGCACUGUACCCAGCUGUGAUGGACAUCUCGGUCACAUGGGAUUUGCCUAAAGAUGUGUACGCCACUGUCCUUUCUCCACCUAUCACAUCACUUUUCCAGGGUCAAAGGUCUCUGAUUUACGCUGGACUCACUGGACAGGUGGGAGUGGUUAGAGAUGAAGAGGAAGUUAUGUCUUAUAGUGUCACAAUAAUAGUUAGAAACCAUUUAAACAUUGAUCUCCUUCUCUGCCUCUUACAAGGAUCCUAAAUCUGUAAAUUUGCUCAGAUUUCAGAGGCAGCCGAAGGCUGUGUGACAGUAAAAUACAGCCUGGCAGGUCAUCCCUCUCAGAACCAGCUUCAAUUCAACCUGAAACCUACAGAGGAUUCUGGGUAAAAAAAAGAAUUCUUUUUAAAACAGCCUUGACAUAAAGACAUUGAGUUUCAUUUAAAUAUGAAGAAAAGGUUUUUGUAAAAGGGAAAUUUUUGGCACAGAGAAGUUCCUUCUCUGUGGUUGAUGCUAAAAAUAAGCUAAGAUGUACAGACUCAAACACAAGAACACAGGAAAACUACACCUGUUGGAGUUCCCACUACAACCUGCUCAGUAUACACUAUCCCCCAUUCUUUAUCAAACUGUCAGAUCUGUUGUUUUCAUGUAGUCUUGGACAUUUCUCUGAAGACGUCAGUCGCAAAUACACAGUGGGGCAAAAAUUUAUUUAGCAGCCACCAAUUCUGCAAGUUGUCCCACUUAAAAAGAUGAGAGUGGCCUGUAAUGUUCAUCAAAGGUAAACUUUAACUGUGAGAGACAGAAUUUAAAAAAAAAAAUCCAAGAGAUCAUAUGGUAUGCUUUGUAAAGAAUUUAUUUGUAUUAUGGUGAAGAAAACAAGUAUUAAGCACCUACAAACAAGCAAGAAUUCCGGGCCCCACAGACCUGUUACGUCUUCAUUAAGAAGCUCUUUUAUCCUCCACUUGUAACCUGAAUCAAUGGCACCUGUUUGAACUCAUUGGCCCUCAUUUAUUAAGCUUGCGUACGGCAGAAAACGUGCGUACACCUUGCGUACGAAAAUUUUGACAUGAGGAUCGGCAUUUAUCAAUCUGCAGGUUCUGGAGUGGCCUAGCAGUCCAGUCUCCGGACCUCAAUCUAAUAGAGAAUCUGUGGAGGGAGUUGAAAGUUUGUGUUGCCCAGUGACAGCUCCAAAAUAUAACAGUUCCAAAACAUCACAGCUCUUGAGAAGAUGUGCAUGGGAGAAUGGGCCAAAAUACCAGCUACAGUGUGUGCAAACCAGGUGAAGACCUACAGGAAACAUUUGACCUCGUCAUUGCCAACCAGAGUUACAUUACAAAGUAUUGAGUUGAACUUUGGUUAUUGAUCAAAUACUUAUUUUCUGCACCAUAAUGUAAAUAAAUUCUUUACACAUCAUACAGUGUGAUUUCUUGGAUUUUUUUUUACAUUCUAUCUCUCACAGUUGAAGUGUACCUGUGAUGAACAUUACAGGCCUCUCUCAUCUUUUUUAGUGGGACAUCUUGCAGAAUCGGUGGCUGCCAAAUACUUUUUUGUCCGACUGUAUCUGUUUAUGUUGCAACUUAAAUCUGCUGUCAAUGUAAUUGUUGAUACAUCCACACCCUCUGCACAGCCCUUAACAUGUGGUAUCAAAAUUUUCAGAUUAACACUCCACAGGCUGGCUUCUCGGGCUCUGAUUCGCUGCCUGGAGAUGGAGGACAGAGAGCCCAGACAACAGCAGGAUGAGAGUGUAAAGAAGAAGGUGGUAGAGCUCAGUGUGCAAUCAGGAGUGAGCAGUGCCUUUACUGCCUUUAUCGCUGUCAACAAAGGCAAUGGCGAGGCCAUACAGGGACCACUGGUGCGCAGAAAUGUUCCAGCGCCCAGUGAGUAUUUUAUAGACCCUUGAAUGAAAAUAUGCGUGCUGGCAUUAUAGAGAGGCAGGAUGGUGUACUGCUGUAACAUUUCUAAUUUUUAACCAUUUAUAAUUCUAAAAAUGAGUGUCAUAACUAAAUGACAGCUGGCAUUAAACACUUGAGGAUUUGAUUAAAAAAGACACAAUCAGACGGCUGAUAUUUACUAAUGUUAAAUUUAAAUUUAAAACUGCUAAACCUAACACUGUUUUGAAAUCCAAGGAAUGAUGGCCUGUGGAAUGCCUGCAUUUCAAUCUGCUAGAGGUAAGUCAAAAAUGGAAAUUCUUGUUGGCAUAUUCUUAUGUUACAUCUUGAGCUUCUAAGGUUUUUGUUCUAGUCUCUCAUGUGUGAGGGCUGAUAUUUAUUAAUGUUAAAUUUCUCAUAACUGCUAAACCUAACACUGUUUUGAAAUCCAAGGAAUGAUGGCCUGUAGAAUGUCUGCACCCAUAGGACUGCCUGUAUUUAAAUCUGCUACAGGUAAGUCAAAGAUGGAAAUUCUUGUUGGCGUAUUCUUAUGUUACAUCUUGAGCUUCUAAGAUUUUCGUUCUAAUCUCUCAUGUGUGAGGGUCAAUAAACAAAGAUCGCUCUGUGCAGCUUCUGUCCGUGACGUGUGAAUUCAAAAUGGGAAACUAUCAAAAAGGUGAAGUUUUGUCAAACUAAAUCAAAGCUAUUGUAGGUUAUUUAAGAUUAAAUUUUUUGUGAUUGCAUAUUACUGGAAUAUAUUUUUCAGAAAUCCUCAGUUGAAUGUUUUUCAUGUAUUUGUCUGUGAAUCAAACAACCAUCCAAUUCGUUUGCACAAAGCCAAUCACUGAAAAUCUGUACUAACUUCCAUUUUCAGGGCUAGUUAUUUCAAAUUGAUGAUAUUUUGGGGAUACUUGUUUUCUUGAUUAGGAUGUAGUUGUAGUUGGAUUUGUGUUGAAAAAAUUUUGCGCCCACAUCCUCACUGUUUUUACCUUUGUUAUAAUGAAGGAAUAUUUCAACGUGUGUGUGUGUGUGUAGUUUUCAUGAUGAUAUUGUGAGUUUUCCAUCAACCAUUAUUAGUCUAAUAUACAGUACAUCAGCCUUUUUGUUCUACCCUCUCAACAGUCAAAAAGAAAGGGACUAAAUUAGGUUUAAUUAAGAAAAGUCUACAAGGAAACCGGAGAGAAAUGGAUGCUUCAAGUGCAGGCACUCCACCAAUGUUACUGUCAGACGUCCCUGUACCUGUACCUUCUCAUCCCCCCAUGGACCCUUUGCUUCGCUUGGUCGCCCUUCAGAAGGCAUCUGGCUGCUGGGACCUUAGUCCAGCUUUGGCUACAGCACUUGGCAAGACCAGCGAAGAGGUGGAAACGCCAAAACCUGCAUCGGUAUGUUGUUUUCAAAAAGAAAUAUUUGAAAUGUUGUAAGGGAUUGAGUGUGACUCAGAUUUCAUAAACUAAUGUCCGCUUGAUGUCCAUUAUUAUACUUUUUAGGUGAACGAGGAAGUAUGGGCCACCAUACUGUCUCUGAUCUGGCUUCAUGGGUUUAAGAUGGAUGUCAGGGAUGAGUGGGAGCUCCUGGCUAUGAAGGCUAUGUCAUGGCUCCGCGCCCAGGACUGUAAGAGCACUGAUAAACAUAGAUAAAAUGUGUUGUAGUUGAGUGUGUGCACAGUUUAAAAUAAUCAGUUUGAACAAAUUCGAUCCUCUGAUUACCUUUUUUUUUUUGUUUGUUUCCAAAUUUCAGCAUCGUGUCUGAAUGAGUGUGUGGAUGCUGGAAACGCACUCUUGGGCUGCAAAGUAGAAAAAGAUUCUCUGGGGCUCUGAGGUUUUGACAACUGGCUUCAAGAACGGCACAGAUUUAAGCCAUCAUAAAUCAGCAAGUCCUACAGCCUGUAUUAAAUUCAGAUAUACCCAACAACUCACAAUAAAGUUUGUGGCAGAAAUGCAGCCUCUUAAAACUGUUGUUUGUUAUUCAUAGUAGGCUUUUGGUCAAGUUUGUGAACAUGAUUUCAUUGGAUCUCUCAUCUACAGUACCAUGGAGUAUUGUAAAUUCAUGAAAUUGAGCACAUAUAUAUAUAAUAUCUGUUGUUGCACCUUGUAUAGAAUAUGUCUAAUUUCAGUUUAGCGAUAACCCCCCCUGGAGAAAUCCUCACCUCUCAAGUCAAAUUCAGGCAGUCCUGCAGUGGAAAGACACACUUAAUAACCACAGCUGUCCAGCUGUUGACGUGUUGUUGCCAUAACGGCAAAAACAGCAUCAGUAACAUUAGAGUAAAAUCUAUCUAUCUAUCGAUCGAUCGAUAGAUAGAUAGAUAAGAAGUUUACCAUCAAACUAGCAUUUGUUCGACAUUAAAGCAUCCAACAAAUGUAAUUUAAGGAGGUUGCAAACAUGGUUGUUAAAAAAAAAAGUCUCCCUUUGCAAAAAAUGCUUUAAAAAGUGUGAUAAUUUUUGAGUGCCUCUGGUGGUUCUUUGAAAGUAGUCUAUCAGCCUAUUUCAUUUUGGACUUUUUGGCAUUUUACAGCCUUCUUGCUGUUCAAACAAGUAAAAUAUGAAAUAUUAUCUUUUUUUUUUCCUCUUCAUUAUUUUAUUUUUUGUUGGUGUUAUUUAACUAUAAAAAGAGUUUUCAACACAACACAACACAGUUACAGAAUUCUGCCAAAUUGCUUUGCAUCAUAUUCCAGUUGAUAAUGUUUAAGCAAUGUUUUAAGUUGUAAUUCAGAGAAGCAGCUUCACGAGGUUCAUGAAAAUGAAGUUUUAAGAAGACCCAGCAGAGAGCAGUGUUGCAUCAUCAACAGUGAAUGAGACGUCAUCUUAGGAGUGGUGGACACGCAUCAGUUUUUUUGGAGGGCAAAAUGUCAUUUUAAUGCAAAUAAGAAUGGUAGGAAAUGUUUGUAUAGCCAGAGAAAUAAUCAAAAGAAAGCUGGUGAGGGUUUGCACUUUUGCUUUUGCCAGUCAGAAUGUGUUUACCUUUCAAAACAGCAAUAAUAGGGGAUGACACUAUCCUGGGGUAUGUUUCUUGCUUAACUGAGGCAAGGAGUUUAGUGUAAAAGAAUAGUAGAGAUGACUCUGACAUAACAAUAUAGGGCGAUAUUAACUCUUGUAUCAACAUCAUUGAUCUAAUUCUUUGACGUAGAUGUUUCCUCUCUCUUAUCUAAAACUGUAUAGCUGCCUUUAAGUUGCUUUUGCUUUUUUUGUUUUGUGUUUUAUGAGGGGAUGAGGGGCUGGCACAGUGGUGUAGUAGUUCACACAGUUGCCUCACAGCAAAAAGGUCCUGUAUUCAAAUCUGGGUCAGGGUGUUUCUGUGUGCAGAUGCAUGUUCUCCCUGUGUCCGUGUGGGUUUACUUCAACAUCCCAAAAACAUGCAGAAGGGAAUUUAGGUUAAUUAGUCACUUUUAAAUUGCCUGUAGGUGUGGAUGGUUGUUUGUCUCUAUAUGUCGGCCCUGCCAUGAACUGGCGACUUGUCCAUGGUGUCCCCUGCCUUCGCCCCAAGAUGCUGGGAUAGGCUCCAGGCCCCCCACGACCCCCAACGAGAUAAGCAGUAGAAAAUGGAUGGAAGGGAUGAGGAAAAAGAGUGAUGAAUGCUACAGGGCCUCUCUUUUAGGUUUUUAUCCAAUAGCUAGAGUUGUGUGAUGGCCAUUAGUAAAUUGCAAUAACAGGUUUUUGCCACUUAGGGGCAUAAGAAAUGAGCUUUAAAUACAGCACCAAUGCAUUUAACUGAGAGUAGUUUUGUCUGGUUAUGAUUCAGCCUCCAUAAAAAACACAUACACAUAUGGAUGGCUAAUAUGGCUUUUUUUCUGCUAUUCCUGCCUUCACUUACAGCAUAUAUGAAACAAAAACGUCUUUUAAAUACACAAAAUUUUUUCAUACAGUGAAUUUUUACUCUUACUUUUAAGAUAUUGUAUUAGAAAUGAGUUCCAGUGUCAUCCUUGAGCACUGGGAAAGGCUUCUUGUCCGUCUGCUGUAAGCCUCCAAGGAUUUCUGUUAUCUCUCUAGAAGUCAACCGUCCAAAACCUCUGACAGCAAGGCCAUGAGAAUAGCAUCUCCAUUGAGAGCAAUUCAAUUCCCCAAGGCUUUUUUUCUGUGAAGAUUCAUCCACUCUAGUCUCCUGAGUUAUCUCCUAUCAGAUGAGCCCCCCCAGAGUUCCUCAAGGGAGUAGAUGCAGCUCUAGUUUGUUUACAGAUGUCCACUUCUUACGUCACAAGGUCGUAGAGUUUCGUGUCCAGCAUUCCACAUCCUGCAAAUAUAAUAAAACAUGCUGAAGGAUGGCUGAGGACAGAUGGCUCAGAGCUAACUCUAGUUUAGUCUCAACAUUUCAUUAUAUCUUAAUGAGGCCUUUCAGAACAACUAGAGACCUCUCCUCUUCUCUAAAUAUUAAAAAUAUGGGGGGAAGUUUGGAGAUUUAAGGUUGCUAAAAAGUAAAAGAAAUAUGGCUGUUGAUGAGUAUGAGUGAAAAAUCUCUGACAAAAUGGUACUUUUCUAAAUUCUUGCCCUGUUUUUUUGCUUUUUAGCCACAGGCGGUGUGAGAUGUGUAUGCAGAAUGCUGGUGUGUGAAGGCCAAUAACUGGUUUCUGCUGGUUAUCCAGCCAGACUGUGAUGAUGACUUGUGUGUUCAUUGAAGUCAAAGUUGAAGGCUUUGGGCAGAUUCAUGUGCUGCUACUGCCUCUUGAUCAAUCAUUUGACUGAUGUUAAUCGAAGGUUCAGACGUGACAGUGACCUUCGCCCUGCCUCACUGCUCAGGGUUUGCCUGUAGAUCAAACAGAUCAAUAGGUAAUGUGUUCAGCCUGACCCAAUUACUGACACCUUUAUAACCUGACCAAGACCAUGCUUGUUUUCAUCAAUGCAGUGGGUGGGAAACUUCUGAGUCACCAAACUGAACCAGCACUGCCAGAGUCAUAUCCACAUAUACUCGUCCAAACCCCAAUUUUUCCAUAUGCUGUAUAUGUGAGUCUUAAACAGAGCCUAAUGCAGAUCCUGAUGAUUGGAUUUUGUGUAAGUAAUUAUUGUUGACAGGUCAGCAGCCUCCCACACUGAUUGGAAUUUCCCUCCCUUAUUAGUGCUGGGGACAUUAGCUGGGGAUGUGGCCGACAGAUGCCAGAGAUACAUUAUGAUUGCAUAAAUGUUCAGCAGCUGUCUGGGUUGAUGAUAUAAAUCCUGGCUAGCAUAUUCACUGUUUCGUUUUAUAACAGAGUGGAUGUGAUAACCUGAUUCUUAAAGCAUCCUUCCUGAAAUGAAGAGUCCUCGGUUGACAGUGUAAAAAUGAAAGUAGCUACCCUCUUGUUCGUGAACUGCUGUUUUAAAACCUCUUGUCUGGUGUUGUGUUACUGUUGGGAAAUUGAUUUCUUGUUGCCAGAGGUGACUUUAUUUGGAGGAGGAGGUGAAUCUAGUGAGGAGAGUGGGGUUAACGAGCACAGGAUAUGCCUGCGGCUAAAUCAGUAACAUGCUAAUAACCUAUUGAAUUGAUAAAGAAUGUGACUCUACUUGAAGUGGUAGCAUCACUCAUGUGCCAACUCAGGAAGCCAAGUUUACAGAGCUAGCUAGAUUCUUACUUGAUAUGUGUGUGUGCACAGUAGUCGAGUUGUGAAAAAAAAAAUCAGGGGGGAUGGUGGAUUUUAUUGUAUGGGACAGAUAUUUUCUUCUGAAGA